AUGUCGGUCAAUCCAUUAAAGCCAAUUCGUAUUUUAUUCACUCCACCUGGCCCCAACCCGUGGAAUGUGAACGCCUUUUUAGUGAACUGGAGUCUAUUGAGCGAGCGUGAGCGUUAUGCUGGACUUGGACUAAAGUAUGAGAUCGAGUCCUUCAGUUGGGCCCAAGUGAAGAAAAAGCCUUUCAUUGAUUUUAAUCCCAACGGUCGAGUGCCGGCGAUCGAAGACCCUAACACAGACCUAACUCUCUGGGAAUCAGGUGCGAUUUAUCAGUAUCCGAUCGAGCAUUACAACAUCAAUCAUCGUCUUUCCUACGAGACCCUAAAGGAGCGCCAUAUCAGCAACCAAUGGCUACACUUCCAGAUGAGCGGGCAGGGCCCUUAUUAUGGCCAAUGCGUCUGGUGCCGGCGCUCAUACCCAAAGAAGAUCAAGUCGGCGAUCGACCGAUAUGCCAACGAGAUCGAACGAGUCAUCGGCGUGCUGGAGAGUGUGCUGGCUGCUAAGCCCCCAGAUGCGCAGUGGCUCGUCGGCGACAACAUGACGUUUGCUGAUAUGGCCUUCGUGCCUUGGAACGUUCACUUGAGUGAGGUCCUGCAGAAGUCCUGGGAUGAGGACUGUAGUGGAAUAGUGUCCUCAAAGGCAUCAAGUUAUUUCGCAGACUACGAGAAUCAGACUGCUGCCGAUAAGUCAGACUCGACGAAGAAACCGUGA